GUUUGACCUUUAGGGAAAGUAAUGUGUUCCUCGCUCGACGCUAUAUAAAUGCAUGACAAAGCAGCAUCCUUGUGCACGUGUGAUCCACUCAACAUCGGCAUGCUGACGCUGUCGCCGUCGUCACUGCUGCUGCUGCUGCUGCUGCUGCUGCCGCUGCUGUGCGGCGUUCACUGCCACGACUCGGCAUCGGAGUCCCCUCCCACGUACAAGUACAAAGAUCCGUCCACGGGGGAGACCCUCGCGUGCGACAAGUGCCCCCCGGGCACGCGCAUGUCCGCUCACUGCACGGCCGCCGCGCGAACGCGGUGCGCGCCGUGCAGAGAAAACCACUUCACGGAGCUGUGGAACUACCUGCCCAAGUGUCUGUACUGCAGCAACUUCUGCACGGGCGACAAGGAGGUGGAGACCGAGUGCGGCCCACGCAGAAACAGAGUGUGUCGCUGCAAGCGGGGCUACUACAUGACGGAGGACUACUGCAGCAGACACUCCGAGUGCGCCCGCGGCCGCGGCGUUCUUACCACAGGUACAUCCCAAAAUGACACUGUGUGUCAAAAGUGCCCCGACGGCUUCUUCUCCUCAUCUUCGUCCGCGGUGGAGGCGUGUGCCCGACGCAAGGCGUGCGUCGGCGGGCAGCUUGUACUCCUCAAUGGCUCGGCAGCCAGCGACACGGUCUGCGGCCUCUGCGAGGACCUGGCAAAUGGAGAUGAGCUGCUCAGGACCUUCCUCUCCAGCUUCUUUACUAUGCACAGGAUGCGCUUCGUGAAAAUGAAGAGAUUAGUUCACAGGUAUAUCGGUAUGUCAGGGAAGGAAAGGCACACCGUGCGCUACGUCUUGGCUCCGCACGAGCAGCGACGUCAUCUGUCGGAACGAAUCGGGACGUGGUUCCGCGAGGCCCCAAAGGAGCAGCUGGAGAAACUGCCACAGAUGCUCAGAUUCUCUCAGAUGGCCUCCAUGGCGGAGAAGCUGGAGCAGAGACUGAAAGAGAUCGAAGGGCAGAAACCCAACUGUACCUUAACGCAUUUAUUCUCCUUUGACUGAAGAUUUCACAUUUCAACAAAACUCGUUUCUCGGCGUUUGUAACUGUACGCACCUGAUUCCGGACUGAUAUAUUCGAGACCUAAAUCUAAAUAAACAAUGUUUAGCAAAAAACUA